CAACACUCAACAUCUCCCCACCCAGAUCAAAGGCAUCGAGCGCAUCGAGCGCAUCGAGCUCAACCUGCUGCAGCUUUCGACAAGAUGGUGUGGUCUGAAGAUCUACAGCUGUGCGCUCGAUCCUGUUCCUGCAGCACGAUCAGUCGGACGCCUUCCUGCCCAGCGACCAGACUGAACUGGAUGCUGCAGGCGACAAGUGAUGAUGAAUUACUGCGGAGUCCCCUCCGCCAUCGCCGUCGCGCCCCCCUUCCCUCCUCAGCUAUUGCUUACGUACAUGUACCUAGCUCACGACACUAUUUGCUGCUGGAGGACAAUGUCCUCUCUGUUCUGCUCAACCCCCUCCUUUGGCUUGCUCGCUCAGGCCUCGGGACCCAGUGCACUAGUAGGGUCCUCCCGCAGCAAGCGGAUGCACGACGUGCAGCCUGUCCCCGCAAAACAAGAUCUGAACGAACUCGGAAGCGCGAAAUCUGGAGAGCUGGGCUUUUUUGAUCAUCCUCUUUUUGGUUUUUUCUUCUGUGGGAAGCAUGCAUACAGCAGGCAAAGAAAGUGCUGUCUGUCGCCGGCUGUCGUCCGCAGCUUGCAUCGCCCAAUGCAUGCAUGCGCAUGCACAAUGAUGCCGUCGUCACAGCGCAAGGAGAGUUGGGAACUUGGGAAUCACUUGGGAGCUGGAAAGAGGGUCCAGUGGACGGAGCUCCCGUCGGUUCGUUGCAUGAUGGGCACCAGGGGAGGGAGGCUCUGGCCGCAGCUUGGCACGAUCAAUGUCUGUCUGCCUGCGGAGGGAAGAACCUGUAGUUCGGCGCCUCUUUGGAGCAAGACCAAUUCUCCAGCAACCCGCGCGAAUAGUGUCCGUUGCCCCUGGCAAAGGGCAUCGCGGGAAAUGACCCUGUCUCUGGCGCCUCGUGGCAGCAGGAUGGGAUUGUGCUGCGUCGUAUGAGAAAAUUGGGGGGCGGCCUGUGUCGUGCAUGAACUGGGUGAUCUUUUUCCCUAGCUGGGCUCCUGGCGUCCCUGUCUUGCCGACGGACAUUGCGGGAGAAACAGAGUGAUAAGAGUGCCUGGGCCGGCGCAAACUCUGUUUGAUUACUGAGAUCUGUGGCUGGUUGCGCUGCUGUCAAGCGCUUGCUGAUCGACUCUGGACCUACUUCGUAUUAGCCGUGCGACGGAUAAAAGCGCAUCCUGCGGCGUUCCCGGAUCCGGAGGACCAUCUGGAGAUGGGUUGACAGGUAGAAACUUCGGGACGGACCGACCGCAAGUAUUGGAC